AUGGACUCGUGGGCUCACCAGGGUCGGCGGGCAUCGCAGAGGCGCUCUUCGCACGUCGAGUCGGACGUCAGCGGCAGCGGUAGCCGCGGUGACGGUUACGAGUGGGAACGCGUGGCCCAGGCUACCCUCGAACACGCUUUCGGGCACGAGUUUACCGCCAAGUAUCAGAUGUACACGGAAGAGGCGGCAAGCAUAAUGCGGCGUCUUUCCAGGAUCUUCGUCAACCUCAUGAAGCGGUAUGUUUUAGGGGAGAUCGUGCUCCAAGAUAUGUCAAUCCAGCUGUCCGCGGCUGUGUGGAGAGACUUGACGUCCUCGUUUUUCCAGUGGGAAGGGGCUUCCGUCGUGCGUGAACUGCUGCCCGCCCGCGGGGUGGAGUUCCGGUUCGACGUGAGUCUCACCGCAUCUGAGAUGGGGUGUGCCUCGGGCUCGAGAACGGCGUUAGAAAUCGUCACAGCCCUCACGAAGCGGACCAUGCUCCAGCUUGGUCGAGUAGUGCUAUCAGAGGCCAGGAGGGCCCUGUUCAACCGCGAGAGCGUUGUCGAGAUCUUGGUCAACUCCAUCAUCCACAAGGACGGCGGCUCCGCGGCUGCGGCGGUGGCAACAGCGGCGGCGGCUGCGGCAAGGGUAGAGAAGGGUCAAGACGGAGUAGGGGCUCCGGGGGAGGGGGGGGGCGAGGGGGGGCUGAGGCGUGUUGGCGACGGCGAGGGGAGGCGGUCGGGCGUGACGCUCGUUGGAGUGCUGGCGAAGGGGGUGGCCACCAUUGCGGAGAGGAAACGGGUGGCGGAGGUGCUGACGGUGCUGAAGCACGCGCUGUUUAAGGCUAUCACGAUCAACGCCGGCGGCGACGACCCCGACGAGGGGAACAAGGGACUGGCGGCCCUCCUGGCCAACACGGAGGUAGACCGCGGCUCCGGCUUGGCAAGAAAAACGAGCCUGACCUCUUCCUCUUCGGCGAGCAACCUUGCCGGAAUUUCGAACAGCACCGGCGAGGGGGGCUGUGAAGAGACCGGGAAAGUCGGCAGCAGCGGCGUGCUGGUGUCGACAACGGCAACGAUCUCCACCGGAAACGCCGAUCCCAAUAGUAGCGGCGGGGGUCGCCGCCCUCGUCGCCGCUGGAGCGGGAGCGGGGCGGGGGUGGGUGGUAGCGGCGGGGGGUUCGGAAGCGGGGGGGGGGGGGGUCAAUCGAUACGGAGAAAGGGGUCUAGGGGGGUUUCGUGA